GCGUAAAAAUUAGCGGACUGAUUUCAAGAACUCACUUUAAAAAGAAAGAAAGAGGGCGAAAAUGGUUUUGUCUCACUUCAGGUUCGCCUGGACGACUUGACUCAGUAAACAGAGACGCGACCGGAUUUUUUUAAAAAUUAAAAACAACCCUCUCUUCUGAGAUAUUUUUCUUAUUUCUUUCCAUCGGUGCUCCUUUGACCGACACUCAGCAUGAUGUCCUAUUUGAAGCAACCGCCCUACACCAUGAACGGAUUGAGCUUAUCUACCUCAGGAGUGGACCUGCUGCAUCCUUCCGUGGGAUACCAAGCAACCCCCCGCAAACAGAGAAGGGAGAGGACGACCUUCACUCGGGCCCAGCUCGACGUGCUGGAGAAUCUGUUCGCCAAGACUCGGUACCCGGACAUCUUCAUGAGAGAGGAGGUGGCCUUAAAGAUCAACCUGCCUGAAUCCAGAGUGCAAGUGUGGUUUAAAAACCGACGGGCCAAACAUCGCCAGCAGGCCCAGCAAACCCAGACUGGCGUGCAGAACAAGGCUGUCAGCAGGCCGGUGAAAAAGAAAGGCUCGCCAGUCCGAGAGGCCAGCUCAGAGAGCGGAGCCAGCGGCCAGUUCACGCCGCCUUCGAGCACCUCAGUCCCGGCUGUGAGCAGCAGUGCGGCUCCCGUGUCCAUCUGGAGCCCUGCUUCCAUCUCCCCGCUCUCAGACCCACUGUCUACCUCCUCCUCCUCCUGCAUGCAGCGCUCGUACCCCAUGACUUACACCCAGGCGACGGGCUACAACCAGGGUUACACGGGCUCCUCGUCCUACUUCACGGGGAUGGACUGCAGCUCCUACCUUUCGCCCAUGCACCACCAGCUCUCCGCCGCAGGCUCUGCCAUGAGCCCCAUGAGCAGCAACGGGGUGUCUAGCCACCUGAGCCCGGCGUCGUCCCUCUCCUCCUCGGCGUAUGGACCGGCGGGGCUCGGGUUCAGCGGCUCUGCAGACUGCCUGGACUACAAGGACCAAACAGCCUCCUCGUGGAAGCUCAAUUUCAACGCAGACUGUCUGGAUUACAAAGACCAAUCAGCGUGGAAAUUCCAAGUGUUGUGAGGGGUACAAAAUAAAUGGACAGCUGUCGUUAACUGCAGACUGUACAGGCAAAUUAAAGCCCAAGGUUUGGAGAGGCAAGUGUGGCGUUUCCCCCCUCACACACCACCACGACCACAGGCCCUAACUUCUACCUCGGGGCAAAGCAUAGACGAGAUGGCGGGCGGCUGUCUCGCGUGUUGGGCUAACUUAUUAAAAAUACACUGACUUCUUAACUUUGAUCAAGGAAACGGAACAAAUUUGUUAACCAAAAGUGAGGAAAAGGAUCAAGAGAGCGAAAGAUCCAAAGCCUAACUUGGUUGAGUUUGCGGGACAGGCCAUGUUUUCUCCUAAGCUACUUAAAGACUUCCUUCUUGUCAUUUUUGUUUUUAUUAUUAAUUUUGCUGGAUCGCUGAAGAGCCCCUUUGAUGAAAGCGCUGUGCAGGAGAACGCGUGCUCGCGCUGUGAGUGAGAGCAGCUCUGAACAUGAACCUGGAUGCACUAUUUAAUUUAUGAGAAAAUAUGUGGAAGUUACAAGACAAUCAGUCCAUGUGCGUGUGAGCAUAAAAUCCCUGAUGUGUUUAUUUUCCCCUUGUGUCUGUAUUUUUUUUUUGUACAACCUGUAUGCAAUUGCGCUUUGCGCAAAACCCGUGUGCCACGAGCCAGCUGUGAAUUUGAUAGUUUUUUUUUUUUUUUAUGUCUCGGGUGUUGUUGAUAAAUUAUUAUAAGGAGAUAUUAGUUAAAUGAAAUAGGGAGUG